AAGGCGAACGCCGAAAUACAAAAGCUCAAAAAAAUAAUAGAAAAACAGAAAUAUUUGCAACGUAGAGGCGCAUUAGAGUUAGUUCGAUCUCAGGUAUCCUUAAGAAACGAAGAAAAAGAGACAAAGGAGUCUUUCAAAAACAAGAAAAAAGAAACAAAACCUGUCACUUUCACAGAACCUACAGACAAAACUAGAGUCUCAAUUUUUGCAUAUCAAAAUUGGGCAAAAUUAAUUUCGGACUUAUAG